GGUGUAUUCAUGUGUUCAGUAAGUACAGUCCACAUAGCAAAUUUAUAAUGUAUUCUAUUGACAUGUAGUUUGCAUACAGUAUUGCAAAGUAUAAGCGUCAUAAAGUAGUAAUUGAAGUAAAAUUUUUUUACCAUUUUAACUUCCAUUAAAUAUUGUAUUAGUUUGGUGUAAAAAAUUUGAGACAGUGGCUUUCGUCAUUCAUUUUGCAUAGCAUAAAGUAAGCUCUAAGGUGUUUACAUGUAUUGAUUAUGCAUGAUCUUUGCAGCAAUUCAUCUGAUGUUAACAAAGCAAUUCAAGCUAUUGCCGAAAAGGAAUUGUUAUCUCUACAAUACAACAUCAUCAGUUUCAAUAAAGACAUGAUUAAUAAUGAAGCUUGUACAAUAGAUCUUGUUGAAGAACCUAACAUAGCAGACACAUCUUCAGAAUACCUUGCAAGAAAUAAGUUCAGUAUUUUGUCAUUGGAUGAUGUUAGAAAGGUGUAUAGCGUUGGACAAUGGCUUACUGAUUCUUUUAUCAACUACUUUAUUAAUUUCGUUAUCGUCCUAAACAAGAAAAAAUCUGAUUACUAUGCACUCAGUUCUACCGUUUUUGUCAAAGCUGCUGCCAACGAUCUAAAAAAUAUAAAUACAUAUGUUAAGGAAAAAAUAUCUGACAAGCAAGCCAUCCUUAUUCCAUGCUGCAUGCAAAGUCACUGGAUUCUAGCAGUUUAUUGGCCCAAGCGAUGCAUGAUGGCAUUAAUGGAUUCCAUUGGAGGCUAUGAAAAUGUAGUAGAAAAACCAUUAAGAAGACUCAUUGAUAAAUUUGCUGAGCUUAAAAUUGUUGAGCACAAUGCAUACUGUGUAGUUGUGGAGGUUAGAAUUCAAUGACAAUUAUUGUUCCAUUACAAUAAAUGAUAUAAUUACAGGACGUACCAAAACAAGAAAAUAAUAGUGACUGUGGUGCAUUUGUCUGUCGGUUUGCUAAUGAGUUAGUAUCAGAGUCUUUAAAACCAUACACCUUUGAAACUUCCAGUAUAGAGUUAAGAAGUUGGAUAGUGGAUGUGUUUCGCAAAAGUUUAAUGUAAAAUGGCUUUUAUUGGUCAAUUCAGUAGUAAUACAAAGUUUUGUUCUUUCAUUCUAGGCCUAAGUUUUGUUUCACAGAAGUUUUAGACUCACAACUAAAGCUAUUUAAUGAAGAGCUAUUAGCAGC